GUUGGAAUACACUCGUGCGUCGUGGUCACAACUGAAAUCGUUCUGUCGCGGGAAAUUUGCACGUGGCAAAGCCAAAACGCAAACGAAUCAAUUUUCAACAAAAGAUCUAACGAAAAACGGAAAGCGACGACAGCGAACAAAGGCAAAUAAAUGCUGAAUCCUGUGAAAAGUGAAAGCAAUUGAGAAUCGCUUCAAAACAUGAAAUGAAAUAUUUUUCGGUGCAGGAUAUAUGAAAAAUCAACAGAACGGUUUCCCAAUACUAUAUGCCAAUAGGUGUGUGCGUGUGCAAUUGUGUGAACACCUACAAAAGAAAUAAAAAAGAGGAAAUAGCAAAUACAGAAGGAAAAAGGAUACGCGACUGUCCCCAACUGACCGAAUCCGAACUCGAGGAUUAUUAUUUUCGCCAGCGGAGAAAACAAUAAAACUGCCAGUGGUCAUAAAAGCAGCAGUUAUAUACAUGGAUGCUUUAUAUAUAUAUAUAUAGAUCAGUGACUUUCGCAAGAUCACGAUGAAAUCCAGCCAGUUUGGUACUAGUCUCGUCAUCCCAGCCCAUCAGCACAGAUAGUUUAAAUGACCAGAAAGAAAUCACCUCAAUCCAGAGCCACAUCGAAAUAGGUGAAGACAGUUGGACCGUAGCUCGGUCAGAUCGCACAACUUGAAGCUCCACUGUGCUGUCAUGGGUGAAGGUCAGCUGCUUCUGUUGCUACGACUCCUGCUGCUGCCGACAAUCCUCUUGGGCUGUUUGGACUGUGCGGAGGCCUCCACGGCGGACAUCUACAAGGGAGCCCGGCUGGGCCAUCGCAUCGUCCAGACGCGCUACGGGAGGCUACAUGGACUCAUCCUGCCGCUGGACAGCUUCCGGUUCUUGCGAUCCGUGGAGGUCUUCCUUGGAGUGCCCUAUGCCACGCCACCCACCAAACAAAAUAGGUUCAGUCCCACGAGAGCACCAGCGCCCUGGGAUGGGAUUCGGAUAUCGGAUAAAUACAGUCCCGUGUGUCCGCAGCGACUGCCCAAUAUCCAAAACGAGACGGCGGCGCUGGAGAAGAUGCCCAAGGGACGCCUGGAGUACUUAAAGAGACUGCUGCCCUUUCUGGAAAACCAGUCGGAGGACUGCCUCUACCUGAAUGUCUUUUCGCCAGUGAAUGCCGGGGCCAAUGAGAAGAAAUUGCCGGUGAUUGUGUUCAUACACGGCGAGUCCUUCGAGUGGAGCAGCGGAAAUCCCUACGACGGCAGUGUCCUGGCCAGCUACGGAGAGGUUGUGGUGGUGACACUCAACUACCGGCUGGGGAUCUUGGGUUUCCUCAAUGCCAAUCCCAAUCCGCAUGCCCAUGCGAGGGUGGCCAACUAUGGGUUGAUGGACCAGAUGGCCGCUCUCCAUUGGAUCCAGCAGAAUAUCCAAAAGUUUGGGGGAGAUCCCAACUCGGUGACCUUGGCGGGUCAUGGAACUGGAGCAGCCUGCAUCAAUUACCUAAUGACCUCGCCCACAAUGGUCAGGGGUCUCUUCCAUCGGGCCAUUCUCAUGUCCGGUUCGGCCUAUUCAUCUUGGGCUUUGGUCGAAGAUCCUGUAUUGUUCGCCAUUAAGCUGGCCAGGGAGGUCAACUGCACCAUUCCCGAGGACAUCAAUCGGCACCACGAGCAGAUCGUCGACUGUCUGAGGGAUGUGCCACUGGAGGACCUCUACACCGCCGACAUUCAGGCUCCAAACUUUCUCACAUCCUUCGGACCAUCGGUUGAUGGCGUUGUCAUACGACCCGGACAUUCCAAUCUCGAUAUCGAUGAUUUAAUGGCGCGCAACUCGAGGCGCUCGUCAGCGGAUUCCGGCUUUCAGUCGUCCGCCGGCGGAGGCGGUGGAGGUGGCGGUCAAGGAGGCGGGGCCGGUGGCGGAGGCGGUGGCUCUGGCUCGGCAUUCGGCGGUGGAUAUUUCGGGGGCGGCGGAGCAGGACCGUCCAACAUGGGCGGUCACUAUGAUGUCCUGUUUGGCGUCGUUACGGGCGAAUCGAUUUGGCGCUUCAGUGCCCAUGACAUCCAAAACGGUUUCGAGGGCGAGAGACGCGAUAAAAUUAUUCGCACCUACGUUCGCAAUGCCUACAAUUAUCACCUCAACGAGAUAUUCUAUACGAUCGUCAACGAGUACACGGAUUGGGAUCGCACCUCGCAGCAUCCGAUCAAUACCCGGGACACGGCGGUGGCCGCCCUGUCGGAUGCCCAGUUUGUGGCUCCGAUUGUCCGAGCGGGCGACAUCCUGGCCGCCAAUUCCCCGCCCCCAGUAAGCUCAUCCUCACCAGCGGGCUCAGCGGGUGCAAAUGCAGCUGCCUCGACCUCGGCGGGCUCUACUCAGCCCUCUGGACGAUGCUACUUCUAUGUGUUCGAUUACCAGACGAAGGACGGCGACUAUCCCCAGAGGAUGGGCACUGUGCACGGCGAGGAUUUGCCCUACAUUUUCGGUGCCCCGCUGGUCGAUGGCUUCAGUCACUUCCCGCAGAACUACACCAAAUCGGAGACGGCCCUCUCGGAGGCGGUGAUGAUUUUCUGGACCAACUUUGCACGCACCGGGAAUCCGAACGAACAUCAUCGCCAGGACUCGUCGCUGCCGGUUUCAAAGGAGCGCAACCGCUUCCGCAGCAUCACUUGGGAAAAUUAUGAUCCGCUGCACCAAAAGUAUUUGGAAAUAGGAAUGAAGCCGCGCAUUAAGAAUCACUUUCGGGCCCAUCAACUCUCGAUUUGGCUACGCCUGAUACCGGAGCUCCAUCGCGCCGGAAUGGAGGAUGUGAUAGCCCGGCACAAUCUGUUCCGCAAUCACGAUGAUAUGGACCUGUACGAGGGACCCGUUAAACCGGAUCCGUUUGGCAUAUCCUCGGCAGGAGUUGGAGCCACUGGCAGCUCAUCCUCAUCAUCGUCGUCAUCGCGUCUUCUGCUCAUCGAUGAGCAAUUGAUGAUGAAGAAGGGACGGGGUCUGAACGCGUCUGCCUAUUUGAACGGCAUAUUGGGCGUGACCACCGUGGAGCCAAAUAACAUGUAUACGACCUGUAUACCCAUUGGAGGAAAUUACUCAGGAGGCGGCGGAGGAGGAGGAGGCGUCUUUGCACCCACCACUUUGGCCAACGCCUCCUCGGACACUUUGGCCUCCGGUUUCGAGGCAGCUGGCUAUGCGGCCUAUUCGACAGCACUUAGUGUUACGAUUGCCAUUGGCUGCAGUCUGCUGAUACUCAACGUGCUGAUCUUCGCCGGCGUCUACUAUCAGCGGGACAAGACGCGGCUGGAGGUGAAGACCCUGCAGAAGCAGUACCAGCAGCGGAGUCUCCACCAGCAGGUGCCGUAUCCGCCGGAGCCCAUCAAGCAUGCCCACUACCACAUGGGUCACUCGCAGAGCUCGGCCAACGUCAUCGUGGACGUGGAGAGCCAUCAGGACCAGGCGGGCCAGGCGGCCAUGCUGCUCCAGGCCGCAGCAGCCGCCGCAGCGGCAGCGGCCAACGAGGUGAAGCCACCGCCACCGCACAUCUGCUCAAAUACAGGAAUGCAACAGCAGGUGGGUGGCGGCAGCGGUGGAGCCCUUAAUAACGGCGGCAUCGAGGGGUCAAAGGUGACCACAGACAGCCUGGGCAACGUCACCUACAGCACCAGCUCCAAGCAGCAACAACAGCAGCAGCAACAUCAGCAGCAGCAGCAGCGUGAGCACAUGCAAAUCAAGGGAAUGAGCGGCACGCAAACCUUUGGCCGCAAUGGCUCCGGAUCAGGGGGCGGGGCUGGAGGCGGGUCGGUUUCCGGUUCCGGUGGCGCCUCCGUGGUGGUAUCCGGCAGCAGUGUGAGCUACAAUCCCGGCAUGAUGACGCUGCCCAAGCCGGGCGGACUGCAUCACGCGGCCACUUUGAAUUAUGCGCGGAACACGGCCGCCUUGAAUUUGUCGGGCGGCGGCACAGCACUCGUGGAUAGUCGCGGCAACGUCCUGCUCACCAGCACCGCCGUGGGUCCGGGAUUAGGAGGUGGCUCCAACGGAGGAGGAGGAUCCACUGGUGGCGGCGGCGGAGGAGGCGGUGACUGUAUGACCCUGCCACGCAAUCUUAGUCUGGCUGCCGCAGGACGACACAAUCCCACGACAGAGCUGCAGCAAUAUCAACAGCAACAGCAGCAGUCGAGCAAACACCAGGCAAAUGGAGCUGUCCUCACUGGCAUGCAGUCGCAUCACAUACGCGGACCACGCCCACCGCUGCGCACCGCCUCCUCGACGACAACGAACAGCAGCAGCAAUAACUCCGCAAUGGGCGUGGCCAUGGGCGGGGGCGGCGGCAACAACAUGCUGCUGGACCAAACGCCCUCCGGCGGCAGCAGCAGCAGCGGGGUGAGCAGCGCCCCCAGCUCCUCGAAGGGUCACCACACCCACUCGCACUCCCACGCCGCCCACCUGGUCCACUCGCACGGCGACGGCCUCGUCCUGACCUCCGCCUCACCUGUGGGCGGCCAGCAGCAGCAUCCGCAGCAGCAGCAGCACCCGCAGCAGCACCAACAUCCGCAGCAGCAGCAGCAACAGCAAGUGCCGCAGGCGGCCAUGGACGAGAUGCGCGAGUUCUAUGCACCGAAGCAGGCGGAUGAUGACGGCCAACUCAAGGGGACACCAGCAGAUGCAGAUGCAGAUGCAGAUGGCGAUGCCGAGGGGUUGGGAGCGGGAAAGCCAGGAGGAGGAGGACCGCCUCACAUCUCAUCCAGUGACCACAGGCAGCGACAGCAGCUGAAGAAGCUGCGCUUCAAGCGGGAAAUCCAUGCCCUGGCGCUGGAGGGCGGAGAUGUGGCCAGGGGCUACUGCUCCUGCGACGAGCAGUGGACCAACUCCUCCUCGCCGACGUCCACCACCACAUCGGCCACCAUGUCGCCGACGUUGCCGGCAGCCGGAAGUGCCACCAACGGAGGCGGAGGUGGACGCCAUGCCACCGGAAACGGCCCGGGAAACUCGAGCGGUAUUGUCAAAAUGACGGCCACGGCAACGGCGACGGCGGGAAAGCGAAGCGGGCGGCUCAAGCAGCAGCAUCAUGUGCGCUUUUCCGACGAGAAGAACUUCUCGGACUGAGAGGCGAAAAACAAACUACUAGACUGCACCUAAUCUCUGUUUAGUCAUAGGCUAACAUAUUCUCUUCCCCUCUUUUAAAGCAAAAAAAAAAGGGGAAAGUCAAACAAAUCAUCAGAAAACCAAAAAAAUUAUAUUAAAAAUCCGUAGAUAAACGUACUCAACUAAGGAAUCUGUACAUAUAGUUUGAAAGUGUUAGUUAAAUAUCUGUGUUUAGUUGCUCGAUAGAUCUGUUGUGAACCAUAUAUAAAUAUAUAUAUAUAUGAAUAUAAUCAAGUAAUCAAGUAAGCGUAGCACAAAUGCAUUUUUUCCACUCAUCAGCUAAUUGAAAGCAAAUAUUGAUGGAGAUUGUUGAUAACGGAAUUCUGUUGACGGCAUUGUAAAUAUUCUAGUCAAAAUAAACAUAAAAUGUGGUAUUAUUUACUGAAAGUAAAACGAUGAAAAUAAAAUAAUAACACACUAAACAUACAAAAAAAAACACAAACAUGGCUCAAAAUAGAUUAGAUUAACAAUGAAAGUAAUGAGAUGCAUAAUUGAAAACAAAUAACUAGUUAAUUAUUUAAAUUAAUACUCUGAGGAUGAAAAACAAACGAGGGACGCUUUUUUUUACUGUGUACAAAGCCAACCAAUGCACUAAAGAAUAAAAAAACAAGUACAUAAAAGCUUAAUUUAAUGGGAAGUUUUCACACACAAUCGAAUUAAUUAUAGAACACACCGGGUAAUUGUUGCUAGAAUGCAACAAGUCAAUUGGAUUUCAAGGCUUUUAACUAUUAUUAUUUCUUUUUUUACUUGACACUUUUCUUAUUAAAAUUCUACCAAUGUAAUAGUUACCUCCACCUACAAAACUGCCAACUUAUCAACUCAUUUAUUAAAUACAUUUUUAUUUGGUUUCUUUUUUAAAUUACUCUAAUAAGUCUGUAUACUGCUAAGUACUCUUCCAGUUAAUUUGUAAAACUUUCAGAUAAAACCCAUUAAAAGCGUCGCCAAAAAAACAAAAUAUGAUAUUUGUAUUUUUAAGACUAAAUUUAUAAUCGUCUAGUUUACAAUAUGAAAACAAAAUGAUUGCAAGACAUGCAAAAAAAAAUAAUAUAAGUGAUUAAUAUGAAGUAAAGUUAAACUAAAUGAGAUAUAAACAAACCAUUAAAC